AUGAAAUGUGUUCGUUCAUCCCCAUGGGGAGCAGAUGAUGGGCCUUUUGAAGUUGAAGAGGAUAAAGUUAUAAAUGUGUCAGAUAUAAGGAAAAUAGUCCUAUUCAACGUGAACCCUGUGGAAGUGCAUAAAGACGAGGCGCCGCCAGAUGUUUCGUGUUCGCUUGACGAUCCCGAUACAUGUUUGCAGCACUACUUCAAUUCUAAUGAAGAUGCAGAAGCAUUUUCUUUAACAUCGGAUGACAAUUUCCCUCCGGAGGCUAUGUUUGCAGUAAAUGAGCAAAAAUAUAAUGUGACUUCAUCCUAUCGUGAUAACUUAGAAGGCUACACUGUUCCGCUGGAUAAAAGUGACCCGAAUUAUAAGACUAAGGAAGUAUAUUACACGAAAAUUGCGGAAGAAAUUCAAGAUGUGAAGGACCAGGGGUCGGCUUGGGAUAGCAUUGCCGACGAUGAAGCUGAAAAUGAAGAACUUAGGUACAGCGCUGUUCUACAAGAUGGUGUUCAGGGGCGAGAAUUAAAAGGCUUCCGCAGCGGCAGAAGAGGUGGACGUGGGAGCAAGCGUGCGUCGCUCCCGCGAGACUACCCAGAUGCGCAUCGACCUGGCGACGGCCGUUCGCUGAAAGCGGCCGCCUCUGUGCCCUUCCGUGAUCUGCCGAAGACUCAUGUGGAGUCGUCAUCUAGUAAAUCACAAACAUCUGAUGGUGGUGUUGAUAAGCCUCCUAGUCCCAAGUCAAGUUCGCAUGAUAUUACGCCUGCGGCCUUGGAAAAUUCAACAAAUGUUUCCACCUCACCAGAUGCGGAUUCGUCAGUGCCUGUUGACGGUCCCGGAAAGAAAGCUGAAAAAAAAAAGUUUACUCUUGAUCCUGACGCACCUGAGUUUAAGCCCUCUGGAAUUGUUCUGCCCAUUGAGCCGAGUUCGACUCCUCAAACUUUGCCCGCUGGUUCACUUGCGUUUACCCCUGCUCCUUAUUCACAGCCGGUUCCGUGCAGUCCAUUGCAGAUGCCCGGCUUUACCGUUGCUGGCCAGCAUUCUUUGCCGAAUGGGAGUGCCUCGACGGCUCCAUUUAGUUUACCUUCUUCAAUGUCCUGCAUGAUACCUCCCAUUAUGGCCCCUCAGCUGGCUGCAUUACGACAACCGCCGCAAACAGGAUUUUCUCCGCAACAGUUAGCCAUGAUGUCUCAGCAGCUUUCUGCUUCAGGGACAUUUUCUGCUCAACAAAGUGCAGUUCAGUCGGCAGCUGGUUCAAAAACUCUGAGACAGGCCGUGCCCACUGGAACGUACACGAGACAGCGCUCUGUUGACCAAACCAAUUCUGGGGCCCAGCAAAUGCCCUUCUCGUUAUUUCCACCUCAAGGAUUUUCUUUUGUACAGACCGCAUCUUACCCAAUUAGUGUACCUUUUAUUCCUGCGGUCUCGGGGAGUCUUCAGUCAACUGCCUAUCCUGGGAUGCAUGCGUUGACCGGUGCCGUGCCUUCUUCACAGGCUUCUGGGCAGCAGACUGCCGGUGUGCCUACUCAGCCACAAUCGGGUCAAGUGAAUCAUGCGCAGCCUAGUUCGCAGCCAAUCACAUCUGCUCCUCAAUCGCAAGGGCCGCAAUUCCACGCCGGGUAUAAUCAUCAAAUUGGUGCCAUUCAAGGACAACCUGCAACUGUGGCCGCUUAUCCACAAUACACUGCUGGUCAGUUGAUUGGAUCCCAGGCUCCGCCAGGGGCUCUUAGUUUUUAUCCGCAGUCCAUUUAUCAGGCACCUGGUUUGAUCCAAUUCCCUGUUCAUCAAGUUGGAGCCAACAGUCAACCCCCUCAAAUUAACUCUCAGUUGCACCAUCAGAAUCAGCAACCUCUCAUCCCUCCACAGCCGCUUCAGUUGCAGCCCGGCCAACAACAAGGUCCUGUACAGUCCGUUCAACAGCAACCCCAACCCCAGAUAUUGUUGGCUGCGAAUCCGUACAUUACCGCUCAGCAGUUAUUCGCUCAGGCUAUGACCAUGGGUGUGCCUCCUCAAGGUGUUCAAAACGCGUUCACCCUCCCCCAGAAUGUUCACACUCCGGCUCACUCUGUUCAGCUUUACAUGCCACAGCAGCCCAGUGGUGCUGGUUGA